CUGAAGCCCCGCCCCCUUUUGGGAGAGUCCAUAGCAACACAACCGACGAAUCUCUAUAUCUAAAAAAAAUGUUUUGUUAAACUUUCAUUUUAAAAUAAUAAGUUAACUUUUAUUUUCGCUUAAAAGAAAGAGCGCCACUUCGGGGUGGCCACUGAACGAGUUCCAAGAGCCCUGCUAUUUCUAUUCACUCUGGCUCUGUGAGCCUCACUGAGCCAGACUGUCGCUCCCACAGGAGCGGUGCACGGAACGGUGAAGUAAGGCUGCCCAGGAUGCCACUCUUCAGCAGUGCGUUCAGCCCCAAGAAAACCCCACCCAGGAAAUCUGCUUCACUCUCCAACCUCCACACGCUGGACUACAGCACGCGAGCGGUGGAGCUGGGCCUUGACUACGGAGCGCCGUCCGUUACCAUCGGCAACCAGAAGCUCGUCUUCCUUGACGACGGGGAGUGGGCAGCCGAGUCUGUGGGUGGUGGUGGUGCUGCUGCUGGUGGUGGCGCUGCGUUAAAGCGGCUGGAGCAACGUAACCACAGCCUGGAGGAGGAGAACUUCCUCCUCAAGUUGAAGCUCACCCUGCUGAUGGACAUGCUGUGCGAGUCAACAGCAGACUCUCAGCACCUGGAGAGACAGCUUGCACGGCUUAAGUCACGAUCCAAGGAGGCACGCAGAUAACGGGGUGUGUGGGUGGGUGGGGAGG